AUGUCAAGGUUAGAACAGCAAACUCGAUCAUACAAGAAUAUAUUACCAAAUACAUAUGUGCCGUACCUUGGACAUAAAGUUUUAUAUAAUAUUUUGGACAGAUUAUCCAAGAAUUCUAUACUCCAAUUUAUCAUCUUAUGGACCAAGCUCAAGAACACACAACCAAAACCACCUUCAAAGUACACUCAGCAAGGUUUCAACAAAAAAAUCAUAAAGGAAGUGAACGAGUUUCGAAAAUCAAUUAAUCGCACCCCGAAACGUAAGCUCAUCGACAAAAUAAUCUUUGAGUAUUGGACCCAAGGAUUGAAUCUACUACAAAUAUCUCAGAUCGACUGCCAGCUUAUUGUGGACAAAUCAAAUAGUACCCAGUCAUGGAUUUAUUCAACUGUAAAGGAUAUGCAUGACAAGAUAGUGCCGAUCUCGAUCAACCCUAGGGAGUUUCUAGAUAAUUUGGUGAAAAAUUUGUCGUCGUUGUACUUGUCAUAUAUUUAUAUAUGCAAACAUCCAAAGCUACCGAUAAUCUUGAUCAGGAUCCAAGUGUUUGAUUUAAAUGGAAUGGAUAUUACCGAAAAACCACAUAUUAUAUCUCACAAGGCAUAUUUUUUUGGGAUUUUUAUUAAUUCGCCCCAUGUUGUCCAUUCCAUUAACAACGAUGCCAUGGUCCACGGCAUAGUUAUGGAGGCAUUCGAGAGAAGUUUACCACAGAGUAAAAACAACUUGCUCAAAUUAAUCACCCCAGAGAACCAAUUCCCUGUGAAAUCUAUCCAAUCAAUGCAUAUUUUAAAAGGGUGCGAUCGAUUCGGAAACAGCUUAGGUAUUUGGACUCCUUAUGCUGAUGGGACCGUGGACAUGUUACCACUUGGAGCAGUCGAGGAUCAUCAAGUAUCCAAAAAUGAAGUCAGUGAAGCAGGCGUUGAAAAUGAGGCCGGCACAGCCGAAAACAUCAACAGUCUAAAGCUUCAACGAUUGAAGAAAAUUGCAAAUCUACGAUUCAAAGGAUCACUUACAGGUAAUAAACAAACUAGCAAUGAGCAACCAAAACUUCAACAACAAGACGAGGACACUAACCCUGAUCAAGCUGCAAAUGAAGGGCAUAUUAACGAUACGGAGUUUGAUUCCAUUGCUCCAAUCCAAUACGCAGAAUUUAUUCUUCGAGAAAAAACAACUGUUGCAAGAACUGAGAAAAGUAUCGAUGAUGAUGGAAGAACUAACAUUAAGUUUAAAAUAACAGGGUCAGAUGUGUUUGGAGGUUUGCAUGAAUUAUCUGUGAAAUCAACAGAACCAGAGGAAAUAAUAUUAAACCCAGAAGAAGUCCCCAAUUGGCUAACAGGUGAAGAAGGUGCCACAUUUGGUGAAAUCAGAAAUGGUAAUUUUUAUGAAAAGACUAAUGGAUGA